AGGAGUCCUAACUCUUUAACAGUAAGUUUUUUUACAAACUCCAGAAAGAAGUCCGUUUCUCAGAAAGAACCAUCAGAACCAAUUCCACCAAUUCCUUUCUUGAUUCUUUGUUGUUUUCCUUCUUUACCAUAUAAAUCCUACUAGCAACAAUGUACAAGCAAUCAUUGUUGUUGAAUAUUUUUCCGUAACCGAAACCCAGAAGGUAAUAGAAACAAAAAAAACAUCAAUUUGAACAAAGAUGGUGGCCAGAACAGGGUCAUUCAGGCAGAGUUUUGCUGAGAAAAGGGAGAGAGGGAAGCUGUUGUCUUCUUACCAUACGGGUCUUCCCAGCUUUUAUCACCCUUUGGAUGAUCAGAGUGAGAGACGGUGCUGUUCAUUGUUCCGUGACAAGGUUUUUGAGCUAUGGAAGGAUUCUAAGACGGUUGUGCGUAAGGCCUGGGACAUGGGCAUUUCCGACCCACGAAAGAUUGUGUUCUCAGCCAAGAUGGGUUUGGCUUUGAUGCUUCUUUCCUUCAUGAUUUUCUUGAAGGAGCCGUUGGAAGAUAUCAGCAGAUAUUCUGUUUGGGCUAUUUUAACUGUUGUGGUGGUCUUUGAGUUCAGUAUAGGAGCCACUCUGAGCAAAGGUUUCAACCGUGGAUUAGGGACAUUAUCAGCUGGAGGGCUCGCGCUUGGAAUGGGAAAGUUGUCACAACUUGUGGGAGAGUGGGAAGAGAUGGUUGUCAUCGUUGGAAUUUUUAUCACAGGCUUUAUUAUUACUUAUGCAAAGCUAUAUCCUACAAUGAAGCCGUAUGAGUAUGGAUUUCGUGUGUUCCUGAUAACAUAUUGUUUCAUCAUGGUUUCUGGGUACCGUACAAGUGAAUUCACACAUACAGCUAUCACUCGAUUUGUGCUCAUCGCCUUAGGUGCAGGUGUUGCUUUGACAGUGAACAUAUGUAUUUGUCCAAUUUGGGCAGGUGAAGAUCUGCACAACUUGGUGGCUAAAAAUUUCUCUAGCGUUGCUAACUCCUUAGAAGGUUGCAUCACUGGGUACCUUAAUUGUGUAGAAUAUCAGAGGGUCCCUUCAAAAAUACUUGUUUACCAAGCUUCUGAUGAUCCAGUGUAUAGCGGUUACAGAGCCGCUCUUGAAUCCACUAGCCAGGAGGAUGCACUAUUAAGCUUUGCUGUUUGGGAGCCUCCUCAUGGUCCUUACAAGACGUUCAAAUAUCCAUGGAAAAACUUUCUUGAAGUUAGUGGUGCCUUAAGGCAUUGUGCAUUCAUGGUGAUGGCUUUACAUGGAUGUAUACUAUCAGAAAUACAGGCUCCUGCUGAGAAAAGACAGGUGUUCCGUAAUGAACUCCAAAGGGUAGGUACUGCAUGUGCAGAAGUAUUGCGGGAGCUUGGAAGCAAGGUAAAAAAGAUGGAGAAACUGGAUGAAGGUGACAUGCUGUAUGAAGUGCAUGAUGCCGCGGAAGCAUUGCAGAAAAAGGUGGAUAAGAAAUCUUACCUCCUUGUCAAUUCAGAAAGCUGGGAAAUUGGAAAUUCUGAGGAGCACCAGGUUCCUCAGGAUUUCAUAGACAUUUGUGAUGAUAGAAAUAGAUCCCAUGAACUUACUUCCGCUGAUGAUGUUGUAAUUGACAUUCGAUCACAUCCAAUAUCAAGGAGCUGGGACGGCUUAGGCUAUCGCUCAAACUUGAACUUCAGUCCUGCAGCAGCAGCAGUCCCCUCAGGGAACAUGGCUGACGCACAGCAGGAGCCGCAUCCUGGAAAGGUAUCGCCAGGCGAAACACCUGAAGACAUGGAAUCAAAGACAUACGAAAGCGCCAGUGCCUUGUCUUUAGCAACAUUUGCAUCUCUUCUCAUUGAAUUUGUGGCUAGACUUCAAAACCUUGUUGACUCUUUCGAAGAACUUAGUGAAAAGGCUAAGUUUAAAGAACCUACUUUGGCUGAGGCAGUGGAGCAAGUCGGUUUUGGGGCCAGAUUAUGGCGGCUGCUCAGAUUAUCAAAGAGAGAAGAUACUCUACUGAAAUAGGAGCCUAACUGUUAACAUCAAAGCUUAGAAGCAACCGUAGCAAAAGAUCAACAGAUCAGUAACAGUCUGACAUGUUUAGGAAAAACAGUCUGUAAGAUGAUCAGAGAAUUCUGUUGUAGAGUGCUAACAUUGAUCCUAGGUGGAUCCUUGUAACUGGGAUUAGAUUGGUAAUUGUAUAAAUACUGUUCAAAAGCAUAUACAGAAGAAUUAAACUUGUUGAUCCUGGUUUCUGAUCUCUUCAGUAUGUGUGUUGGAAUUAUUUUUGCUUUGACCUUUCAUAUAUAUUCUCAAAUGCUCUCUUUAAUUAAAAUAUAAUAAGAGUUCUCUAAUGUGCGCAUUCUUAUUUGUAUAAAUUCUUAUGAAAAGAUUUUCAGAUCAAUCACGUCAAAUAUAUCAUUGUCAUUACGCUUACAAUCUAAUUUAAGGUGGGUGUGACAGGGCAUGAAGUAAUGUUCAAUAACAUAAAAUUUAAACGUAAUUUAAUUUAGGAUUUGUUUAAACAUAAACAAUCUCAAAACAUGCUGCAUCUUAAACCUAAAAAUAUUUUCUUACUC